AUGUCAACUCCUCACUAUCCCCUCCAUCUUUACUGUCGAGAAUGCGGAAUUCUCUUCGAAGAUGAUUACACCUUCAACGUUCACUGCUGCGUGACCCACUCUGGAAUCACUCCACUUCCACCAGUCAUCUCACAAGAUGAGUUCAAUAAACUCCCAUUCUGGACGACUUCCCGUCAAGCCCAGACUUGUCCUGUAUGCCUAGUGCAUUAUAGGUCAAUGGCAGAGCUUGUUGCUCACAUUCGUCUUCAUCACCCAACAAGAAACCCGCUAUAUCCGCGCACUCAUCAAACUAGCCCAGAAGUUCUCGAGUUCUGGGCCCACUCCGUGACCCGCAAUUUUGGAUACGAAGCAGGAGAAGAGAUGUUGCGCGGGGAAAAACAUCUACAAUGUCCACGGUGCCCAAAAACCCACGAAAGCAAGUUCAAAACGAUAGAGGCUUGCUUGGAGCAUAUGGCAGGUCGACACUACCAUAAUGUAUGGGAAGCAUCGAGCUCAGUAGUCUACCGCAACUGGUCGCGCUACGUCCAGUUGGUUGCUCCAGGAGAAAUGGAACGACUCGAAAUGAAAAUCUUCACAACUCCCAAAGUUUUGGGACAGUCGAGAAACCCCAUCAAUGCUCCGGGGACCACUCCUCACAGAAGAAGGAUGAACAUCAAUACACUCUUUUCAAUCGAGUCGAUCCCACUUCCACCACCACCACCGCCACCACAAGAAGUACCACUGGAGCAGUUGUCACCACUCUUCAAUCAGCAAGUUAUGGCAGAACUUCACCAGGAGCAGCUGAUGGCUCGUCAAAUUGCUGAAGAAGAUUGGCCAAUGUUUUAA